AUGGUGGUCAAGAACGAUCGAUGUUUCACCUCCUACCGACUCCAGAAGCAACGGCUCCUCGUUGCAGCCACCAUGAAGAAGCCUCCAGGGGGAGGCUGUGCGGAAGACUCCAACUGUGUCGCAAAUGCUGUUUGCCUGAGGCAGUGCAAUUGUGUGGAAGAAUUCCAGCCAGAAGGACUUCACUGUGUUGCAAAGGAACCAGGACUGGGAGAUCUCUGCGACACUGACGUCGGAAAUUGCACAGUAGAGAACUCGGAAUGCAUCGGAGAAGAAGAAUCAAUGACGUGCCAAUGCAAGGAUGAAUUCGAACAAGUCGGAGAGGAAUGCAUUGGAAAGGAGCCUGGUCUGGGUGAUCUCUGCAACACCACCGUGGGAAAUUGCACAGAAGAGAACUCGGAAUGCAUGGAGGAAGAACAAUCAAUGACGUGCCAAUGCAAGGAUGAAUUGGAACAAGUCGGAGAGGAAUGCAUUGCAAAGGAACCAGGACUGGGAGAUCUCUGCGACACCGACGUCGGAAUUUGCACAGUAACGAACUCGGAAUGCAUCGGAGAAGAAGAAUCAAAGACGUGCCAAUGCAAGGAUGGAUUCGAAGAAGUCGGAGAGGAUUGCAUUGGAAAUGAGCCUGGUCUGGGGGAUCUCUGCAACACCACCGUCGGAAAUUGCACAGUAGAGAACUCGGAAUGCAUCGGAGAAGAAGAAUCAAAGACGUGCCAAUGCAAGGAUGGAUUCGAACAAGUCGGAGAGGUUUGCAUCCCGCAGUGUGCAUUGAUUGAUGACUGCGAUGAGCUGCUUGACAUCAUUGAUGACCUUUCUGACAUGCUCAACAACUCUAAUUCUCUUGACAUCAUAUCGAACUUGACUUCGGCGAUUGGAAAUGAUGAAGAGUUGUCAGGGGAGGAGAUUGACUCUAUUGUGGAUUUUCUCGAACCGCUUUUCAAGAUAUUUUUGGAAAACUUGGGCGGAGAUGGCAUGCACAUGGAGAGUGCUCAGAUGUUUCUCACGGACUUCACAAUGGUUACGGAUUACGUCCUGAGGGCUGGCACCGGAUGGAUGAACAUCACACAGCGCAAACGAACAGAGACUUUCUCAGCCCUCCUGACGACAGUCAGUCAUUACUCUCUUAUGCUCUUGGAAAAGCUCAUCCUAGAUUUUCAUGAGGAAUUCGAGUUUGCAGAGGAAAAAUCUACAUUUCUGAUCGAAAUCUCCGGACAUAAGAAAGGAGUCGCAACCCCGCUCAUUUUCCCCAGUACUGAGAGCAAAACGUACUUGAAGUUGCCCAGGACAUUUCAAGAUGAUUUGGAUGGUGACUAUUUCUCUUACGUCGGGGUCUUGUAUAACAUUCAGUAUGUGAACCAACUCCUGCCCGGUCAUCGAAAUGUGUUGAAAGCACAGAAAACAGUCAAUUCUAAACUUUUGAGUCUAACCUUCGAAGUCGAUCAAACUACGAAACUCACGAAUAAUGUCACUCUUGUUAUGGAAAACAUGGACGCUCCUCGAGACCCUCCUUACCACGAAAUUUGGAGAGACCUUCAUGAAGGAGAGGAACCGACAUUAGUGCCUCUAUCCCAUCGCUGCACCUUCUGGAAUUUCAAUAAUCAAGGUUAUUGGGACACGACUGGCUGCCAUGAGGUGUCUUCUGACAGGGAUCAGACUAUUUGUGAAUGCAACCAUCUGACCAACUUUGGAGUUCUCAUGGACCUACACGGAUAUGUUGGACGUAGUGUGGGGCUACAAGUACUUACCAUCUGCCUAUCCUCCAUCUCCAUCCUUGGACUCACUCUUGCCCUGGUCAUUUUCCACAUUUCUGAGAACGCGACGCUGAAAUCGGUGAAGCUGAACAGGCAUUUGUGUUUCUGUCUCUUGGUGUGCCAUAUUCUUCUACUGCUACUGAUUGACCGACAAGUUUUCAACUUGCCUGAGAUCGGUUGUGCCCUGUCGGGAGUACUUCUUCACUACUUUUUCCUUUGUGCCUUCAUGUGGAUGGCCUUGGAGGGCAUCUUCAUCUAUCAGCACCUUGCCCAGGUGUUCCCAACUAACUACAACCUCUCCACUCGGAUGUACUUGAUCGUCGGAUACGCUGUUCCUUUCGGGAUAGUUGGCAUCACAGCUGCUGUUUCCUUUGCCACCGACACUCAUGGAUACGGAGAUGGAGAGUUGUGA